AUGAGAAGCAACAAAAACGAUAUGUAUACGUUUAACGCGGGAAAGGUGGAGCCCUUUGGAAAGGCACCAGUUGGUUACAUCCCCGGGAAGGGAAGGGGAGUAACGGGAUUCUCUGGUGGUGUUAGUAGAGAUGAUACAACAGACGAGAAGGACAAAAACGAUUACUCAGAUUUCAAUUAUGAUGAAUUUCACGGGUACUCAGAAUCGCUAUUCAAAGACGCAGAAUAUGAUGAAGAUGAUAAGGAAGCAGAUGCCAUCUAUGAAAACAUAGAUGCACGCAUGGAUGUGAGGAGAAAAAGUAGGAGAGAAAUAAAGCUCAAGGAAGAGAUACAAAAAAUUAGAGCACAGAAGCCAACCAUACAAGAACAAUUUAGUGAUUUGAAGAAAGGAUUAGCAAGUGUAACUGCAGAAGAAUGGGAAUCCAUUCCAACGGUUAUGAAUUAUUCAAGACAGAAGCAGAAAAAGGUUCCAAAAAAUUAUUUACCCACUCCGGAUAGCCUUAUCAUGAGCAGAUUAAACGAUGCCAAUAUGCACUUGAAUUAUUCCUCUUCAUCUUCCAAUGGAUUGAAAACCCCCCUUAUCGGAAUGAGAACGCCUUUGGGGACGCAAACACCGGUGGGCACACAAACCCCUUUAGGAAGACAAAACUCACUGGGGAUACAAACGCCUUUAGGGUUACGAACCCCCUUAGGUGCGAGUACACCCAUAGGGUUAGGAAUGCAAACUCCAUUCAUGAAAGGAGGAGGGUUUGGUCUGGAGACGCCAUUUCUGAGUAGACACCUAUUAACGGCCAAGGGGAAAAGUGCCUCUUCCUCAACAUAUAGCGGAUUGAAUACGCCUUUCACUCUGUCUGGUUACAAUACCCCACUAAGUGCGUCAACCGCAGGGGGAUAUAAUACGCCUCUGAUGAACGGAGUAAAUAAACUUUCGCUAAAUGAUGUUGGAGAAGCGAGAGGAACAGUGUUAUCUGUUAAGCUGGAUGAACUGAUAGACAGUGUAGAAGGGCAGACGGUUAUUGACCCGAAGGGGUAUCUAACUAAUUUAAAUGCCAAAAGUUUAGUAAACGAUGCAGAUAUAGCGGAUAUCAACAAAGCCAGAUCGUUACUUAAAUCGGUCAUUAGUACCAACCCUAAGCAUGGACCCGGAUGGAUUGCAGCUGCUAGAGUGGAAGAAUUAGCACAAAGGAAAGAUAAAGCGAAAGAAAUAAUCACGAAGGGGUGUAUAGAAUGUUCAAAAAAUGAGGAUAUCUGGUUGGAGGCAGUACGACUGGAAGACAAAUUAAGUGAAGUAAAAAUAAUUUUAACGAAAGGCAUUAAGGAGAUCCCCACAUCAGUUAAAUUAUGGUUGGAAGCAUACAGGAAGGAAAGUAACAUUGAUGAUAAGAGGAAGGUUCUGAGGAAAGCGAUCGAGUGUAUUCCCAAUUCAGUUCGUCUUUGGAAAGAGGCCAUAUCUUUGGAGAGCGAAAACAAUGCAUACAUAUUGCUAAAGAGAGCAGUGGAAUGCAUCCCACAGUGUAUCGAGAUGUGGAUUGCCUUGGCUAGACUAUGUCCGUAUACUGAAGCACAGAAAGUUUUAAACGAAGCGAGAAAGAAAAUACCAACCAGCGCAGAAAUAUGGAUUAAUGCUUCUAAAUUAGAAGAAAAACAAGGAAAUAACAAUAUGGUGGAUAUUAUUAUUAAAAGAUGUAUAGAAAACUUGUCCUCCAAAAAUGUUGUCUUCGAACGAGACAAAUGGUUAAAGUUCGCAGAGGAAAGUGAGAAGUCGGAUUUUCCAUUAACAUGUGAGAGUAUCAUCAAAAAUACAAUGAACAUAGGAGUGGAAAGUCUGAAUAAAAAACGAAUUUACAAGCAGGACGCCGAGAAUUGCAUUAAGAACAAAUCGAUUCAUACUGCUAGAGCCAUUUAUAAUGAAGCACUGAAGAUUUUUAAAACGAAGAAGUCGUUAUGGUUAGCUUUGGCCAACCUUGAACUAGCCUAUGGGAAUAAGGAAAGUGUGGAACAGGUUCUACAGAGGGCUGUGAAGAGUUGCCCACAUUCCAGUGUCCUUUGGUUAAUGUACGCAAAACAAAAGUGGUUAAACAACGAAAUUGAUAAAGCAAGGGAAAUACUUGCUGAGUCAUUUAUGCACAACCAAAAUACAGAAGUGAUCUCCUUGGCUGCCAUAAAACUGGAGAGAGAAAACAAUGAAUUUGAUAGAGCCAGAUUUUUACUAAAGAAAUCCAGAGUUCAAUGUAACACACCAAAAAUUUGGAUGCAAUCUAUACAGCUGGAAAGGCUACUCAGGAAUUAUAAGGACGCUAAGGAGCUUGCGCAAGAAGCGCUACAAAUUCACAAGAGAUUUGAUAAACUCUACAUGAUCGCUGGGCAAAUAGAACUAGAAAUGAUGCGUGCUGAGAUGGACUGCUUAGGGGGAGACAGUGGACCCAUCCACGAUAACGAAGUUCACACAGCUAGCUGUGCUUCCACCAUUCUCAGCAGCAAUCAUAGUCGUAUUGGGAGCAACGCUAGAAGCGUUCGAAAUGAUACCUCCUCGGAAGGGGGUCACGGGGAAGAGCAACAACAAGAGGAAGAUACACAAGAAGAACAAGCCCAUACUAGUAAUGCAUGUAACCCUAAUGAGCACUACACCACUGCACAGAAAAUAUACGACGAGGGAUUGAAGCACUGCCCCUCCUCCAUCAACCUCUGGCUAUGUGCCAUAGAUCUCCAAAUCGAAAAAAAAAAUUAUACCUCCGCUAGGGCCUUAGUGGAAAAGGCAAAAAUAAAAAUAAAAAAUAUACACGCGACCAACACUAACAACUACGUUCUAAAGAAUAAGGAAAUUAUUGAAAGCAAUGAAUUUGCUCUUGAUGAUGAAUUGAAUAGAAAUGAUGAAGAAGACACUAAGAGUGGAACCAAUGUGAGCAACUUAACUAAUACAAAGAAUGAUUUAAGUAAAAAUGCAGCUAUGAACGCAUCCAUCAGGGUCAUCGAAAAUUACGACUUACUCUGGAUCAAGUUGAUAGAGAUCGAGUCCCUGUGUAACAGUAACAAUAUCACUCCUGUUAUUUCGGAGGCACUGAAAGAAUGCCCAUCUUCCGGUAUCCUCUGGUCCAAGGCAAUUGAAUUUGAAAAUAAGAACCUACAAAAUAGUAAAUCUGUUACAGCCUUUAACAACUGUGGAAAUAACGCCUACGUCAUUUUAACCGUGGCGAAAUUAUUUUGGCAGCACUUCAAGACACAGAAGGCGAGAAAGUGGUUUUACCGCGUCAUCAGCCUCAACCCCAACUUUGGCGAUGGAUGGGCCACCUUCCUUGCCUUCGAAAUCGACCAGCAGAACGAGGUCAAUCAGAAGGAUAUAAUCAACAAGUGCAUCAAGGCGGAGCCCAACCGAGGUUACAUGUGGAACAAAAUCACCAAGCGAGUAGAAAAUUGGAGGCUCAAGUAUCCGCAGAAGCUGUACAAGUACAUUAAGGAACUGUUCCCCGAAGUUUUGAAGAAAAAAAUUUCGGAGCAAAUAUUAGAAAUUAUGAGCGACGAGAACGUCAGCCUACCGGUUUCAGCGCCCAAGUCCGAGGUAGAAGUGCCAGAAACGGUAGAAUCGACGGAUGAAGCCAAAGCUGGAGAGGCGAACCAGACGGACCACCCGGCUGACGACAAAACAGUUUCCGCCAAAAAGGGAAAAGUCAAGAGCACAGAAAAAAAAACAAAUAAACGUAGAGGCACGAAUGAAGAAGGCGAAGAACCUGAAAAAUCGGAUCGACGGAAAAGAAAAAAAUGA